GUCGGCUGCCUCCUGCAUAACGUGGUCCAGAUGAUCUCCGUCAUGUUCGUCGGCCACCUCGGCGAGCUCGCGCUCUCCGCCGCCUCCAUGGCCACCUCCUUCGCCAACGUCACCGGCUUCAGCUUGCUGGCCGGCAUGGCGUGCAGCCUGGACACGCUGUGCGGGCAGGCGUACGGCGCCGGCCAGCACCGCAUGCUGGGCGUGUACAAGCAGCGGGCGAUGCUGGUGCUGACCCUGGCGAGCGUGCCCGUGGCGGCGAUCUGGGCGUACACGGGCCGGAUCCUGCUCCUGCUCGGGCAGGACCCGGAGAUCGCGGCGGGCGCCGGCGGCUACAUCCGGUGGAUGAUCCCGGCGCUGCUGGCGUACGGCCCGCUGCAGCGCCACGUCCGGUUCCUGCAGACGCAGAACGUGGUGGUGCCCGUGAUGCUCAGCUCCGGCGCCACCGCGCUGAGCCACCCGCUGGUGUGCUGGGCGCUGGUGCACGGGCUCCGCAUGGGGAGCAAGGGCGCCGCCCUCGCCAACGCCGUCUCCUUCCUCACCAACCUCUCCAUCCUCGCGCUCUACGUCCGGCUCUCGCCGUCCUGCACGAGCACCUGGACCGGCUUCUCCCGCGACGCCUUCCGCGGCCUCGCCGGGUUCCUCAAGCUCGCCGUGCCGUCCGCUCUCAUGGUCUGCAUGGAGUGGUGGUCGUUCGAGCUGCUGGUGCUGCUCUCGGGUCUGCUCCCCAACCCCAAGCUGGAGACGGCGGUCCUGUCCAUCUGCCUGAACACCAACUCCCUGGCGUUCAUGGCGCCGCUGGGGCUCCGCGGUGCCAUAAGCACGCGCGUGUCGAACGAGCUCGGGGCGGGGCGGCCGGCGGCGCGCGUGGUGAUGCUGCUGGCGCUGGCGGUGGGCGCGUCGGAGGGGCUGGUGAUGCUGCUGGCGCGCAACGUGUGGGGGUACGCCUACAGCAACGAGGCGGAGGUGGCCGGCUACGUCGCCCGGAUGAUGCCCGUCCUCGCCAUGUCCGUCGUCUUCGACGGCCUCCAGUGCGUCCUCUCAGGCGUUGUCAGGGGCUGCGGGCAGCAGAAGAUGGCCGCGUUCGGCAACCUCGGGGCGUACUACCUCGUCGGCAUUCCCGCGGCCUUCUUCUUCGCCUUCGUCUUCCACCUUGGAGGAAUGGGGCUGUGGUUCGGGAUAUGGUGCGGUCUGGUGGUGCAGAUGCUCUCGCUCCUCGCCAUUUCCGAGUGCGCGACCGACUGGGACAAAGAGGCGGUGAAGGCAAAUGACAGAGCCUUCACUUCUUCGCUGCCUCAAGAUAUGUCAACGUGAGAAGCUCGGAUUCUGGAUUUUCACACGCACACAUCUAGUAAAUAGAGUGUCAAAAAACAUCUUACGUUAUCGGACAGAGAGAGUAAAAGAUUAAAAAGCUACUAGCUGCAUCGUUUACGUCUAGCAUCAAAGCUUCACAUCCAACACAAAGAAAAGACGUCAAACUCGACAAGAUUUGACUUCGCCCUUCCCCGCCAUGACAAGUCGGAUUUAGAGGUAAUUUUUGUCUUCUCAGCCUGUCGUCGCCGCCGUCAAGGCCAUGGUCUCUCCGCGGCAAGAGGGGCCGAGAGUGAUCGACAUGGAGAAGAGGAGGAGCGGAAACCACACUUUGAUGUUGUUAUUAACUCAGAGAAUCAAGAUUUCAAUAUGGUUUUUGUAAUCAAAA